AUGAUUGGUACAGAAUUAGGUCAAGUAUGUAGUCCAUUCCAAGUACCUAUUCGUGAUGUUGUUGAUCCAACACGUGUGCGAUGUUAUGGUCCAGGCUUGGAGCCAAGAGGUGCACGAGCUCAACAACCAGCACACUUUACUGUAGAUGCUUCACAAGCUGGAGAAGCACCAAUACAAGUUGCAACAGUUGAUCGUCUGGGUAGAUCAAAUCCAGCUCAUAUUGUUCCACGACCAACUCAACCAGGUGUUUAUGAUGUGACCUAUGUACCGGAUACAGAUGGUCCGUGUCAAAUUGAAGUGAAACAAGGCGGUAAUCAUGUGGCACGUUCACCAUUUAUGCAGCAUGUUUUACCAGCUUUUGAACCUCAACGAGUUCGUGUCACCGGCGAAGGUGUUCAUCCAACACGACCAUUAGGUUUGCCAGCUACUCAGCCUACCUCUUUCCAAGUAGAUACAAGAGAUGCAGGACUUGGAGAUUUAGAAUUAUCAGUAAUGGAUCCUGAUGGUCAACCAUUACAAUUAGAAGUUGUUGAUGUUGGUGAUGGAACAUACAUAUGCCAUUAUACACCAAUGAUUGUUGGACGACAUACUGUACGUGUGAAAUACGGUGGACAAGAAAUACCUGAAAGUCCAUUUUUAGUACCAGUUGCUCCAUCUGGACGAGCUAAUAUGUGUCGUAUAGAAAGUGGAAAUGACAGCCGAGUACCAGUUGGUCAAGAAUGUGUUAUCUCUGUGAAUACAGCUCAAGCUGGUGUUGGCCAAUUGACUUGUCGUAUUGUUACACCGUCUGGUGCAACAGCUGAUGUGGAAAUUCAUGAAGCACCAAAUGGUCGUGUCAAUAUUUAUUAUACACCACCGAUUCGAGGAGAUUAUUUAGUUGAAAUACGAUUUGGUGGAGAACUUAUACCAAAUGGAAGAUUUAAUCAAAAAGCUGUUAGUCCAGAGGAGUUGGUCAAUGAUAUAAGCACAUUACAAGAACAAAGAGUUCAACACGUAAAUGUACAAUCUGUACAAUCUAUACAUUCAUCGACAAUUACAACAGGAUAUCAUCCAGUCGAUUUUAAAUUACCUGUUGGUCCAACAUUUAGUCAUGUAGAAGGUUUGGUUCGUACACCAAGUGGUCGAAUUCUCCAUCCAAAUUUAAUUGACAAUGGUGAUGGUACAGUGACAGCACAAUUCCAGCCGAAUGAACCUGGAUUACAUGAAUUAGAAAUCACUUACAAUGGUCAACCGAUACCAGGUAGUCCAUUUAGAUUUUAUGUUGAAGCUGUCGGCUCUGGUGUUGUAACAGCCUAUGGACCUGGACUGUCAUAUGGACGAGCUGGUGAACCGGCUAACUUCACCCUGAUAACACGAGAUGCUGGCGCAGGUGGACUAUCACUUUCUGUGGAAGGACCAUCGAAAGCAGAUAUUCAAUGUGAUGAUAAUAAAAAUGGUACUUGUAGUGUAAGUUAUUUACCACUGGUACCGGGAGAAUAUACAAUAUCGAUUAAAUUUAUGGAGAAUCAUAUACCUGGUUCUCCGUUCACUGCACAUAUAGCAGGUGAAUCUCGUCGAUUUAAUCAAGUUUGUGUUGGUACAACAAGUGAAAUGCCAUUACGUAUCACUGAAACAGAUAUUUAUAAUUUAGUUGCGACAGUUCGUAGUCCAUCGGGUCUGGAACAACCAUCUACACUGAAAAGAUUACCAAAUGGACAUUUAGGCAUUUCAUUUACUCCACAUGAAAUUGGUGAACAUUUUGUCAAUGUAUUUCGAAAUGGUAGACAUAUUGCCAAUAGUCCAUUUAAAAUUUAUGUUGGUGAAAGUGAAAUUGGUAAUGCAUCAAAAGUUCGAAUCUAUGGUACUGGUCUACGUGAAGGUAUGGCGAAUCAAAAUUGUCAAUUCACUGUAGACACAAGAAAUGCUGGUUAUGGCGGUUUAAAUCUAUCCAUUGAAGGUCCUAGUAAAGCUGAUAUUGAAUGUCAUGAUAAUCAAGAUGGUACUUGUCUUGUCACCUAUCGACCAACAGAGCCUGGAACAUAUAUUAUCAAUGUUAAGUAUGCUGAUCAACCAGUCCCAGGAAGUCCUUUUGUUGUUCAUAUCGGUGGAGAACCUUCGCUUAGAAUGAUGGAGCGAAUUACUCGACAAAGGGAACUUGCUGAUGCAACUUAUGUUGGUAGUCAGUGUGAAUUGAAUUUAAAAAUUCCAGGAAUAAAUAUUCGUGAUUUAACAGCGAAUGUCACCAGUCCAUCAGGAGUAACUCAAAGAUGUGAUGUAUUAGCUACAGACGAUGUGAACUAUACUAUCAAAUUUGUACCUCAAGAAAUGGGUGUACACACUGUUUCAGUACGUCAUCGUGGAUCACACAUCUCUGGAAGUCCAUUCCAAUUUACUGUUGGUCCUAUCACAGAAGGUGGAGCGCAUAAAGUACACGCUGCUGGUCCAGGAUUACUACAUGGUUUAACUUAUUCACCGAAUGAUUUCAGUAUUUAUACUAGAGAAGCAGGUGCAGGCGGUUUGUCAAUUGCUAUAGAAGGACCAAGUAAAGCGGAAAUAGAUUUUGAGGAUCGAAAAGACGGUUCAUGUGGUGUCUCAUAUCGUGUCACUGAACCAGGCGAAUAUUUAUGCUCUAUUCGUUUUAAUGAUGACCAUAUACCGAAUUCACCGUAUCGUGUUAUUAUAAAUGAAGCGAUGGAGAGAACAUUCUAUACACCUGAUACUAAAUUGUUGAGUUUUGCUACUGUUCAAGAUCGUGGUCUUCAGAUCGGACGUCCAACAGCAUUCACAAUUAAUUAUUCAGGAAUGGGAGGUAGAAUGAGAGCCUAUGUUGUUGCACCGUCUGGUUUACAAACAGAUGCAUUUGUGCAUCAAGUUGACGUGGAUCAACACGCUGUACGUUUUACACCUCAAGAGACUGGUGCACACUUAGUUCAUGUAUUAAUGGAUGAACGUCCAAUACCUGGUAGUCCAUUCCGUGUUCUAGUAGGACAAGAUGAAACAGGUCCAGUUACAGCUAGUGGUGAAGGUCUAAGCUAUGGACGAGUUGCCUACGCUGGAGUUGAUGAAGCCACUUUAAAUCUUGAAGAUGCUUCUUCUUCUUCGUCGUCUGCUGCUUCUGAUGCCAAAAUUGUUGACAAUUCUACAAAUCUUGAAAGUAAAGAAAACUCACCAAACAGUCCAUUAUGGUCACGUUUAGCCUCUAGACUAUGGUAUGGUACAUCUAAAGGAGAAGAAGAAGGCGAAGUUAACAUAGACGAACACAUUAAUACGAAUAAGUCGUCCCAUUUACACAGAUCUUCAAAUGCUGCUAAAGCGCAUUUUCGAAAUCAUAGAGAUCAUUCUAUGCCGAGUAAUCUAUCCUUAUUGUUGAAUCAACGAUCUCACUCGAUAACACCACUGACCAAUCCUAACACUUAUCGUAAGCCUUCAAAGUUGAAUGAAUCAGAAUCACACAAUUACAAUUCGAAUCCAUCAAGUUGUUGUAGUACAGCACCAGGAAAUUAUUAUCUACCUCAAGAGAGUUUACACUAUUCUAAUGAUUGCUCUACUGACGAGAGACACUCUGCUGGCAAUAAUCAUCUGCCUUGUCGACCGCCUACGGAUUUAAAUCGUGUUCGAAAUAUCCCCUUAUCUCAAGAUGCCUAUAUGUCUCCGUAUUUGGCGUCAGACGAUAUGCUCCGGAAACUGCCGCCUAUGGCUAUUGUUUGUUCCCAAUUCGAUCCAUUCCUGGAUGAUGCUCUAGAAUUGGCAAAACGUGUAUCCAAGCUAGACAUCCUGGUUGAUGUUCGUGUACUAGAAGAUUUACCACAUGCAUUUCUUAAUUUUUGUCUAUUAGGUCCAGAAUUUCAAAAUGCUAAUAAAAUUUGUAUGCAAAUAUUAAAUAAUUUGUUGAAUGAAUGUUAUAAACCCGAAACAUUGUCAUCUCCAGCUCCAGCUCCAUCACCAGCAUCAGCAUCACCACCACCACAGUCAUCCUCAUCAUCAUCAUCAUUAUCACCAACUUUCUCGCCUAGUUCACAGGAUGUUGAAUAAUUUUUAACAGAUGAUGCAUAGAUACGUAUUCUUAUAGUUAAGAGUAUUAUGUUGUAUACAGAUAUGUAUGUUUGUGUAUAAAUUUUAGUCAGUUUCCCUCGAUUAUCACACUACACUACACUACACUACCC